CCUCAGCCGUUGAGUGUUCCGGGCCCCUUCAGCAUCAAGCAAACAGCAGAUGUGCCAAAUGUAGAUCCGGCCCGUCCUGAGUCCUCAACGGCCCUCACAGGUCAUGUUGACACUGAGCAGAUGCGUCCGCCAGUCCAGGUCUGUGAUCGUCUCGAGUCGUUAGCUGUUCCAGGAACAUCCAGGAUCAAGCCAACGACCAUCGCAGAUCAUGUUGACUCUGAGCAGAUGCGUCCGCCAGUCCAGGUCUGUGAAGAUUCUCAGCCGUUGAGUGUUCCGGGCCUCUACAGGAUGAAGCAAACAGCAGAUCCGGCCCGUCCUGAGUCCUCAACGGCUCUCACAGGUCAUGUUGAUACUGAGCUGGUCUGUCUGCCAGGCCAGAUCUGGGAAGAUCCUCGGCUGAUCAGUGUCCAUGGCCCCUCCAAUAUUAAGAAAAUGACGGAUGCAGAUUCGGCCUGUCCUGAGUCGCCUCUGUCUGUUCAAGACCCCUCUAAAAUUGAUGGGACUGAUGAAAAACCCAAGAAAGGAAGGAAAGGGAAAAGAGUCUCUGCUUUCUUUAAGAGAGUAUGGAAGGCUGCAAAGCUCUCUUUCCUGUGCUGUGACACAGAUAUAGUCCAGCAUCUUAUGCCACUACCUGAGCCUGAGCCAGAGCCAAAGCCCGAGUCCGGGCCCGAGUCCCAGCCAGAGCCCAACCCCGAGCCAGAGCCGGAGGAAGAAGCAGAACCUGAGGCAGUGCCUGUUAAAGUUACGCCUGGAAUCGCAGAACCAGCUGACCCCGAGUCAGUAUGUCUGCCAGGCCAGGUUCCUGAGGAGCCUAAAGAGGCUUAUGGGCUCACUCUUGGAUCUGUGGUGUCUCAUUUUGAAGUAAUGGACAUGAUUGGAGAAGGAGCUUUUGGCCAGGUGUAUGUGGCGUCUCACGUAUUAAGUGAAAAAGAAAAGGUUGCCCUGAAGUAUAUCAUCAAGCGUAGGCAGGACCGUUAUCUAGACAUUGAUGGUCAUUCCAAACCUGUGCUCGCAGAAGUGGCAAUCAUGCUUAGGUUGAUGAAUGCUCCCCAAUGUCCAAACAUCAUCAGAUUACAUGACUGGAUAGAGAAUGAGAGCGACAGCAUUCUCAUUCUGGAGUACCCAGAGUCAUGCCAGACCUUGGAUCGUUACAUCACAAAUGCAUUGGACAUUAGUGAAAACCAAGCACGCCGGUUAGUGCAUCAGUUAAUCCAAGCUGUCAAGUUCUGCGCUGAGCGUGGAGUUUUCCAUGGUGAUAUACACACGCGGAACAUCCUGGUGACUACACCCCAAUUAGAGCUCAAACUGAUCGACUUCGGUUGUGCUUGGCCUCUUACCCGCGGACCUUUCUACAGCUGGAAAUAUCAAGGAGCUAUAUGUUACACGCCACCUGAGAUUUUAAGGCAUCGCAAAUUCUUCCCUAGCAUGGCAAAUGUCUGGGCAAUAGGCAUCGUGCUGUAUGAAAUAUUGCAUGGACGGUUGCCCUUUUACGACAGACAAUCGAUAAUGGUUGGAGACCUUCACACAGACCCCACUUUAUCUUCAGCAUGCCAGGACCUGAUUUCCCAGUGUUUGAUCCGUAAUCCAGUGAGGCGAAUACAGUUACAUCAAGUUGAAGAGCACCAGUGGUUCAAUACAACGAGCCCAAAUGCUGUGCAGCAGUGACACAAGAGGAGAACAAAAAGUAGCCAGGAAGAGGAAAGCACCAUUAAGAGCACCAGAAAUUCAGUUAUUAAUUACUCCCUCAUGUCAUUCCAAACCC